UGAUAUAAUGUGCUGAUAAGCAUUUUAUUAUUUAAUUAAGGCUUACUAUGCUUAUUUAAACAUUUAUUUAUUAAGGGUGUUGCCUAAACUUUUCCUAAACAAGUUGUGAUUUGACGCGUUAGUAGCAAGUAGCACCCGAAUUAGCUGCUAAAUUAACCUCCGACACACUGCGCAUGAAACACAGCUGCCGAAAUUAUAAUAAUCCAAACAGUCAAACAGUGCCUUUCAAACAGUUAACACGCUAAUUCGCAAAUAUUGUACAAUGAGUGAGUCGUGCGACAAUACGCAUUUAAAAUUUAUUAAAGAAUAUGUAGUGCCGAAAAUUUUGACACAAUUGCAAGGCGAAACUUUGCUGAAGUUCGAGCUGGAGCAUGCAAGCGGGCUGGACGGCUUUAUGUCGGCACUCUACAACAUUAAAUUUCAUACGCAGACUGCCGACGGCGCCAAGCAGCGGCUGCUUGUGGCCAAAUUCAUGAAAGGCGAUGUAAGCUUUCGUGAGUCCAGCAAGUCGUACAUACAAUUUGCCAAUGAAAUAUUUGUGUAUGAACGCGCUCUGCCUGCCUUUGCUAAAGUGCUAGCCGCCGCCAAGCUCGACAUCACCAUUGACGAUUGGGUGCCACAUCCUUAUGUGGCGAAAUUUGGUUAUAUUGAGGGUUUGAGCGCUGCGCCGGGCGUGCGCGAGUCAGUGUUAGUGCUGGAACAUUUGAAACCGCGCGGUUACGUGUUAGGACCACGUCUAUAUCUUACGCGUGAACACUUGUUGCCAAUGUGUCGUACGAUCGGACAAUAUCAUGCCAUUAGCUAUGCCUUGCGGCUAAUUGAUCCCACGCAACUCGAAAGCUUGAAAAGUGAAAUAGUGACGCUGCCCUUUAUCAAUGAUGCGGAUCCGCGUGAUGCACAAGACAACUUUUAUCGUUAUUUGUACCGUGCUGCAUUCGACCGCUUCUAUGACUUUUUCGAUCGUAAAAUUGAUGGCAAUACGUUUGAUAAGCAAAAUGCCGAUGAUUUAAAAUUAAUAGAGCGUUUGCGCGAUUUGCGUGCCAAGUAUAUUGAAGAGCCGACGCGCUUGUUAGAGAAAAUACGCACAGGUGUUGUGGUUAAUGAGCAAGAUAAACAUUUCGGCGCCAUAUUACAUGGCGAUUAUAAUCGCAAUAAUGUGCUGUUCCGUUAUGAAGCGCAGGAAGCUGGUGAUACUGUCGCAUCAAAGGUGGCCGACGUGAAAAUGAUUGAUUUUCAAGAGAUGCGUUAUGGCAGUCCCUGUUUAGAUUUGAGUUUCUUCAUGUACAUGAAUACCACCGAAGAAACACGUGAUGCCAUUUGGCAAGAAAUGCUGCAAACGUACCACACAAAUAUGUUUAAUACACUGCAGGCAGCUGUUAAAGGCAAUGCAAGCGUGGAUGCUGCGCAAUUGGCAACUUACAGGUUCUUUGUAAACGAACGAGGAGGGUCUCGCAAAUUAAGGCUCAACUCAACGCCUACAUACUAUGCUUGGAACCGAGAUUAACACAGCACACAUCAACGCCCACUGACGACGAUUGCGGUGUGGCCGCCCCUUGGGCUAAAACUCUUGCAUGCAACAUUUUGUUAUAUUCAUCCUCACCGAUGGGUCGCCACGAGCCCCUACGGUACGGUUUCGGUAUCUGUCCGGUCUCAGCAUGAUUCGAUAAAUUCAUCACCAAAUCCUCAAGCAUUUGCGAGCGUGUACGCUCUUGCAUGCGUGCAAAUUUCGGCGCCGAAUAUGAGGCACGUUCACCAUUGACGAUUUUCGUGAGUAGCCAUUCGCUGUAAAGAGAAAAACGCGCGCGCGCGAGUGAGUGAGUGUGUGAAAAAAGUGUGGCAAAUAAGUGUAAAAUGUGUUUAAAAGUGCUAGUGUAAAUUCAGUGUUCAGUGAAAAUCGUGAAAUCGUGAAAAUUCGUAAGUGUUAGGCUACUCACCGAAACAUUGUACCCUUCUCGAACACCGACUGCUCCCAGAGGUACGGCUUGUAGGCGCCGACUUCAUCGCGUGUCACCACCGAAACCUCAUAACGUGUGGGUUUGUGUUUGAUGCGAGCCGAGACGCAAACCUGGUGUGUGAAUUGAAUGAAAUAAGCGCGUGGGAGUUAGAGCGAGAGAGCGUACUCAAGCAGCUGUUUAGUGUGUGAGUGUAUAAG